UUUACAUUAUUUGACUGUGACUAGCUGUAUGUAAUGUGGACCUCGUGGUAUUCACGUUUCCAGGACUAAUUGACUAAUUUUAUGAAAAAUGACAAUUUUAAACGUAUACCGCUCGAAAUCAGCGUUGGUUUAUACAUUAAUAUUUAUUAAAAGACAUUUAAUUACAUUUCGAAAAUUUCGUCAAUUGUAUACUGAAUUUUGGUUUCCAUCGCCGUCACGUCCACCGUACAAUCAUAUUUGCCAAAUCGGUGAUCCAGUUCUUCGGUACAAGGCAGAAGAGUUAAACGCAGAGGAUAUAAAGAAAAAUGAAAUACAGGGACUUUUGAAGAAGAUGCGAAGUGUAAUGCAUAGCUAUGGAUCAUUUGGUUUGGCUGCACCACAAGUUGGAGUUCCACUCAGUAUAUUUAUCGUUGAAUUUUCAGAGAAGAUAUAUGAAGAAUUCAGCCCAGAAAUCCGAAAGUCACGUGAAAUGGCCAUAAUUCCAUUCAAGGUUUUUAUAAACCCUGAACUAAAAAUUACAAACUAUGAAAAAGUAUGUUUUCCGGAGGCCUGUGAGAGUGUGAGGGGCUUUUCAGCAGAUGUUCCACGUUACCGGGAGGUCCUAGUCACAGGCCUGAGUGCUGAAGGGAAACCGGUUUCAUGGCAAGUUUCUGGUUGGGCAGCUCGUAUAGUUCAGCACGAGAUGGAUCACCUCUCUGGUCGUCUCUAUACUGACAUCAUGGUCCGUUCGACAUUCACCUGCACAUGUUGGGAUAAAGUGAACAGAACUGGAGGUAGAAUUUAUGUUCCAUUUUCACCGAAAUGACAGGGCAAAAGAAGAAAAUUGAUAGAGGAAACCUGAAGAUCUCGAACUGGAAAUUAUAAUGUAAGGUCCUGUGCAAAUUCUGCGUGCCAAGUCAUCACUGUGCCUGAAUGUUUCAUAAUGGUGCUCAGAAUUUUCAUCCUGUCAUAUUGCUGCUAAUGUUGCUUCCUUCCCUCUGACCCUUAUCUUUCCCUUACUCUUUAUGAUUCCUUUGUCCCAUUCUCAUUAUUCUCACCUUUCCAUCCUGCCACUUUUUCUUAUUAACCCACAUCCAUUUUUCAAUUUCUCUACCUCUAUUGUACCUUUAUCUUCUUUCCUCCUUUCCCAUCCAUUUUAUUUGUCCAUCUUAUUGCCCUUCCUCUCCCUAUAUCUUGGCAAUGUUGGAAGUUAGUUUAUGUUCUGUACAUGUACGUGGUGCAAUCCAAAAGUUCCUGAAAUAUAUUAGUAAGAACUAUUACGUCUUACCUGGAUCUUAUUCUGCA